AUGGGGGUGUUUAAAAUGCCCACAGUUCAACAGUUCUUAGAUAAAAAGGUCUUCUACGAUCCUAAAAAGGAUCCAGUAUGGGUUUACCUAGAAAAUGAAAUGAUUGCGAACAUCGACAAGAAACCAUACAAUGAAAAAGUAGGAGCGUGGCUAAAGUAUUUAAAAGAUUUAAAAUAUUACCAGUUCUGUGAAGCAAGAACAGCGCUAAAAAGGCUUAAUGUUGAGGUUGGUCCUCCAUGGUAUAUAGAACUGUCCACUCAUCAGAGAGAAAUUCUGAAAGGUCUAAAAGCCUCAAUCCACCAAGAUUUACUGGAAGACCUCCCAAGUCGCACUCGCAGAUCAUUGUCUGAUCUCGGUAUAACAUUGAAGGUAAAGAAGACGACGCUCAUGAAUGCUAUGGCGACUAGCGCAGAGGAUCCUGGUAUAUUCAUAUGGAACCUGUACACUGCUUAUUUUAAUAUGCCACCAAGUCAGCCUAGAAAAUCCUACAGCAUGAACGCGAUGAUUUUGAUGUCAUCUUUGGUAUUCAUCGAUCUAGAGGAAUGCAUCAGCAGACUGCAAAAAUUAGUGAAGUUGAAGAAACCUCCUCCUCCGCGUGCACCUAAACCACAGAAAAAGAGUGUUGUACCGACCUGUCGUUAUGGCGUUUACUUGGAAAAACCCGCGCCGUUACAACUGUACUCUAAUCAUCCUUCUGGGCCUCAUGAAAAACGCAAACCUGAGAUUGACUACAAGUUUCGAUUUCGUAGCCAAGAGAGUUAUACAGUUUUACGAAAUGAUCUCAGUUUUUUGGAGAAACGCAAAGAAAGAAAUAAACGAGCACAAAAUACGGAGAGGGUCUGUAAUUACAAGUUCUGGGAGCCACCGAGUAACCUUCGCAGUACUGACCCAAACAUGGCUGCUUUAGCCGGAAAAAUGAAGAUGUUAAAAUUAAAAGCAGUGCAAAAAUACAAGGCGCCUUACAAAAAUGUCCAGUACCUUGUCUCUGGAGUGUCAUUCAGUGGCGGAAGACCGAACUACAUUUUGUCCAACGUUGCUAUACAACCAACGGGAUUCAUUCCGAUCAAUGCUGGCAUAGUAUACAUCGGUUCGCAGUUCGUGACCACUCUGCACGGCUACUGGAAGUAUCCUAGACCGGUCAUUGAUAAAUGCGAUACUACGUGCGACUGUCUAUCUAAAUGGGAUAAGCCUGUCAUGGAAUACUUAUACAAGUCGAGAUGUAAAUGCGGACAUUUAUACGAUUACUAUAACGAAGGAAAAUCUAAAGAGAAAUAUUUCUACCAACCGACAAAGCAUGUGCCUUAUAGUGUCGACUAUGCUAAAAUUUUCCAGAUGGACCCUAUGGAAGACUUCAUCAAAGACACGGUCAAAGAAGCUUUGGAGUCCGGAGAACCUACGCCGGCACCUUCGCAGCCCACCAUAUCGCCUUCCGGUCAAAAACUUAAAGAUCUGCUGGCUGCCUUUCUAGCUGAUUUGUCCGACACGCCCCUGAUCAUACCACAUUUACCAGGUGCAUGCUUACUAAACAACUUGCAGGAAUGGGUCAGGAAACGAGUUAGUGGCUCGCUAACGGCUACGGAUCAUAAACAAAAUAAAUUGUAUUCCCUGAGAAGAUGGCUGGACUUGAAACACGUAGAUUUCCGAGCCAGAGCUGGCAUGGUACCAUUCACUCUGAAGGAACUGGAACACAUGGAUUGGUCUUAUCGCAAACAAGUGCAAGUGUUGUUCUGGAAAUUGUUAGAAGAUUUCACUAAAAGAAACCAACUAAAACAAAUUAAACAAACGCGUCUAUGGUGGCCCACAAUGAAAUUUGACGCGUAUCCUAGUAAAGAGUUUCUGGACAUAUAUUUUACGUACAUGCCUGGUCGAAUGAAGGACACUUUCCUAGUUAGACCCUACAGUUCCGAAAACACUCCAAAAUAUGGAGCCAAAACUUGUCCCCUGAACUAUUAACGGUUAACUCUGCCCCGAGUAAAAAUUUUUCAAUUUGUCCUUUUAUGUACUAUUUUUAUAUUCUGUGUUUUUUUUUUUAAUAAUGUAAAUAUAUGUUGUAGUUUUGUGAAUUUUUGUGAAGUUGGUGCAUGUAGGUAUAUUAUUGUUUUUGUUAAUGCCUAAGUUGGAAAAUAACUUAAAUAUUGACUGCAUAUUAUUUUAAAAAAUGUUACAGUUUUAAAGAUAGCAUGAUGUAUUU